AUGCAGCGUAGCUCAGGUGCAGGGUGCAAAUUUGCGCCCGACUGGGGCGUCGAACAUUGAUUGGUACACUGGGGCCAAGCUAGUUAAGCGUUCCUGACUCCUUUCUUCUUGGCAAACACCAUCUCGACCGUGGUGGUGGUGGUGGUGGAAGAGAGACUAUGGUUGGUGACUCAGCAGCUUCUGCUGGAAAUAACUGGCCGAACACUCGGAUUCCCCAGUUCAAGCUAAACGGCCCCAUUUAGUUCACCCCCCUCUUUUAUCAUCUGACAUUAUAUCUGUAAAUUCCACAUACUUUGCUUGCUCCGCCUGUCUUUUGCGGCACAGUUGCACCUCAGCCAAAAUGCUGUUACUGGGUAUGGGCAGAACGCGUCUACGCGUUACCACAACAUCAACCCUGCGGACUCGGACCAAGUACUCGUGGGCACCAAAAGGUCCUCGCGCCAGCUCACCCUUUAGGUCGACAAAGUACAUCGCUCUUGCCACCCUGUUCAGUACACCAGGCCUGUGGUGGUUGGCAACUACGAGCGCGGAUGCGACCGGUCACAGUGCGGCCUGCGAUGAUGACCCCCCACGUCUUGAGGGGCCUCCAACCGAGCAUGAGGGCGUUGAGCCAGGUCCCUCUAAAGACCAAGUAACGCGUAUUAUCUCACGUGGGGCAUAUUCGUUUGCUGUCAGAAACGUUCCUGGGGUCAGUAGAUACGAUGGCGCUCAGUUGGCUUCCAAUAGCCUGUGCGAGGACAAGUUCAUACACGGCAGAUUUCCUUCGCCAUGGAACAAAGACAACCAGUGGAUGGCUUGGGCAAUUUUCGACGGCCAUUCAGGCUGGCAGACAGCAGAAUUGCUGAGACAGCAGCUCCUGCCUUUUGUCCGGCACAGUUUGAGUCAACAAAAGCCGUUCUCAAGCGGGAAAUCCUUACCUGACGAGUUAGUACACCAUGCUAUAGUCAAAGGGUUUGUGAGCCUGGAUGACUCCAUUGUCAAAACGGCCUUGAGCACGGCAGAAAGUCGGAUUCCAUUGCAGGAGAAAAUCAAAAAGCUGGCACCCGCUUAUGCCGGUUCAUGUGCUUUGCUAUCCAUGUAUGACUCCAGUACAAGCACAUUGCAUGUCGCGUGUACCGGUGAUUCGCGAGCGGUGCUCGGACAGAAAGACUCGGACGGCAGAUGGGAGGCAGUGGCAUUGUCUGUGGAUCAGACCGGCAGAAACCAAGAAGAGGUUUCCAGGCUCCGCAAGGAGCACCCUGGUGAAGAAGAGAUAGUGAAAGAUGGUCGGGUUUUAGGACUGGCGGUCUCGCGAGCAUUUGGUGAUUGUCAGUGGAAGUGGCCUUUGGAAUUUCAAAAGGACGUGCAGCGAAGGUUUUAUGGACCCUCGCCCCUAACACCAAGAUAUGCUAUCCAAACGCCACCAUAUCUGACAGCUGAGCCGGUUGUCACGAGCACCAAGAUUAACCCUGACAUACCUUCAUUCUUGAUCAUGGCAACAGAUGGCUUAUGGGAUUUUCUCUCCAACCAGCAGGCAGUCGACUUGGUAGGUAGAUGGUUAGAAUCGAGAUCGGCCGCUGAUGGAAAUAGCACCCGAGAGCCAACACACGAACCAUUCGACUUUGGCCAAUUCUGGAAAGGAGUCAGUUGGAAAUUUGUGGCGGGGAGAACAACCGUCCAAGAUGAUAAUGCUGCUGUGCAUCUAGUGCGCAAUUCCCUUGGUGGAAAUCAUCACGAGUUAAUCGCCGGUCGGCUUGCCCUCGGCCCUCCCUUCUCUCGCCGUCUACGGGACGAUUCGACCGUGCAGGUGGUUUUCUUCAAUGUCCCAGAUCUAGAAAGUAGAAUGCCGUCGAAACUAUAGGUAGCAGUAUAGGUGUCGGCACAUGCUCUAUUACGAAGGCCCUGAAAUUAUGUUGCAGGAAACCGCUCGUGUCACAAUGCUGCUAGAGAGCUCGCCGAAGACAUCGUAGAACAGGACCCCUCGAGGGACCAAGAAGCGAACGAACUUCAAUCUGAGGUCGAUG